AUGACCAUAGAACUUGAAAUUCUCAACGCAUACCAGCUGCCACGUCCAAUUGGACCUGUUAUAGCAAAAGGCUUUAAACCCUAUGAUUGGCUGGCUGUUCGUGUACUUCCAAAACUUUUCCACAUAUUUAUCAGUGGUUCAUUAAGACAAAUAUGGCGUUUCCCUGCUGAACCAGUCGAAAUCUCACUAGAACAUAGUGUACAGAAUGAUGAUUUUAUAUCUGUCUUGGUAGCCACUGCAGACGGGGCUGUGUUCCGAAUGCGGUCCACUCAUGGACGGUAUAUUGAUAAAAGAAAUCAGGAGCGUGAUUUCAACGACAGUUACGACAUUUCAAGGCACGCUAAGAAAUCGCGUAGAAUGUAUAGCACAGACUCGGAUAAUGAUGUUGUUAUGUUAUCAACAGAUGAAAACUUGUCAUCAUAUGUCGUACCGAUGUCUGCACCUACAAUUCUGAGUGUCAACAGUGAGAAUUUAGUUUACAAGCAGGCAAGUGUAAUCGAUGCGUUAAAGAUAAUUUGA